AUGGCUGGAAGGGACACUGGAGUCCAGAGGGGUGAACAGCCGCCGCGUCACGACAAUCGUCCAUUAUCUCCAGGACCACACAGGACCGAAGUCUACUGGAGAACCGAAGAAGACAAGGAAAGAACGCCACUUCCUAUCUUAGCGAGGUCUUCGGACAAUUCUACUGAACUGUUCACACUGGACUGCUUCCAGGAUGUUACAUCAUGGCCAGACAAGAUGGUUAUCUCUGGAACACAUUACACUGUGAAGAUGAUAAUCCCAUCAUCUAAAUCCAAACCCUCAACCAACAAAGCCCCCAUUGCCGGAGGGAUCUACCGAAAUAGACAGCUUACUUUCGAAAGCUUGCCCCACACUCGGGACAAUGCAAACAUUUCUCCAGUAGCCCGAGGGCACUACGUCCAGUGUGUUCCGAGGGAUAAACUUUAUCUCUAA